UGGAUAAAACAUAUUACACGAAAAACCUGUUCCAUAUCUUUCGGUUGAAUAGAGAAAGGAAAAGAAGAGAAAAACAAAACGCUAUCCAUUUUUAUCUUUAUAAAAAUACCAAAACUGUAUGAUUAAAAAUGAACUUGUUAAUAUUUGUAAGCUCAACAUAAGUGUGUGCAGAAUAGUUGUAACUUCUAUAAAAAAAAAACUACGGUGUUAAAUUUGUCUCACCUUUCAAUGAAAAUUCAAUCGAAAAUAAAUGCUAAUAACUAGGUAUAGGCAACAAAAAUUAGUUCAUCCUAAAAAUCUUACCCCAAAAGACACAACCAAAUCCUUUCAACAGUUAAAUGUACUUAAUAAAGAUACGCAGCAGCUCUAUUCUUGAUACAUUAAUCUUUUAAAUAAGAGUUUAUUGUGCAUUAUUUUAAAGUUAUCAUAUCCUAAGGAUCUUUCAAUCAGUGCUGAGGAUUUAACUGAAGAAAAUUCUCUGUGUUAUUCUCAACCCAACAAUUGUAACAAACGUCCAAAUACUUUCGAUACAGCUAACGUUGCGGAGACGAUACGACGAGGUAGUAUACUAUUAUUCAACAGUAGUGGCAAAAUAAUGCCAACCAUUACCCAACAUGUAGAAAGUCCAACAUCCAUGGCUAGUGCGAUAGAUAUAGGUACAGGCAACUGUUGUGAUGUGCAUUGUUGCAAUGGCCCACCACCUAUCUUGUUCCUAUUUUUAACACUUUUAAUGACAACUAGUGCAACAGCCAUGCUCUGUGCAGCAAUAAUGACCGAUCAUUGGGAGCAUGUAAGAUGGGAUCGAGAAAGUCUUGAUCGUUUAUCAAACCACACAGGACUUAUUCUGGAUUGGGUAUUGGACGAAAAAGUGGCGAUAUUGCCUCCAAAAGAUCCCAGGAAUAAACGCGAUGCCAUAUUUCUUGUUCCAAUGCACGGAGGAAUUUGGACGCUUUGUAUAGAUUUACCAAUUCAAGAAAUGCAUCUCUUGAAAAAACAUAGAAAGUUUCCUAAAACAGCAGUUCCCUGUGUUAACUAUUUAGCUGGUUCGAUAGACAAUCCUCGUAGUGAGGAGACACAAAACGAUUGGCAACAUAGUGAGUUCCAGACAUCAUUGCAACCCCAUUUGAGGAUGCAAAAUUUAUCAAUUUCCUGUUCGUUAGUGUGUCUGAUUAUUUUGGGAAGUGCAGCAUUGGUAGGAGCUUUUGGUGUUUGUCAACGCCAGAUAAGCGCAAUUUUAAUAACAGGAGUUAUGUAUCUCUUAGCUGCCCUUUUCGCACUCUUCACGCUUAUGAUUAUUCAUUUUAAACGCCAACAAGGACGACCGAUGGCUGACAGUGACUUCGAUGGAACAGUCGAUGGUGUGGUUGCCGCCCGGGGUGUUGCGAGGGUGGCCCAAAGACUAUUAAGAGCAAGAAUAUUUGUCACAUCAUGGAGUUUAGAUUUGGGAUGGGGGGGAGUUGUUUUAUGUUCUAUAACAUCGGUUUUAUGGAUUCUUUUAUCAAAAAUAAUGCGUUUCAGUCCGUUUUCUACUCUAAUGGUUUAGUUAAGAUUUUUUUUAAUUUCAACUUUUAUUUAGAAGUACCUUUGUUCAAUACAUUCGGUUGAAAAGUUGAAGUCUUAAGGUUGUCCCAAGUUCUCAAUAACUCGAUAUUAAAGUUGAUGAAAACUAUUUUGGAAUUUGAUAGCUACAAACAGGCACAUAUUUACCAUUUUUUUAAAGUUCUUGCCUACUGAUAUGGUAUGUUCUAAUUUCAAUUACGAUUAGCAUGAAAUUGGUUGGAAUUGAGGGAAAUAAUAAUUUUUUGUUUGCAAACUGAACCAAAAAAAAAAGUGUUAAUCAUCGAAUCCAUCUCACAGGUAUCGUCCAGUUUAGUUGAAAUGGAGGAUGGAUAAGAAAUUUAUAAAAACAGAAACCGAAAUACAUAUUUAUGUUAUGUUUUAAGUUGCCGGGCCCCUUCUUUUGACUUUAAAAAUUUUCAAAAUAAAAUAAAUUUGAAAUUAACGUUAAAUCAAAGAAGGAAAUGGAAACAAUUUAAUAUAACUUUCUUUCAAAAGUUUAGAGCUGCCCAGUUUUUUACUUAAUAUGUAUUAACAACAAUGUACGCCAAUAAUAAUCAGAGGCCCAGAUCGACAAGCUUAUGACUGAUGAAUUGGAUUGGAUUCAUUGCGAAAGCAUGAAUGAUUUUAUAUUUUCGGGCCCCAAAAAAUAACUAGAAAUAGGUAUGUAUGUACAUAUGUAUGCUAAUGAUGGAAUAUAUUAAAAAAAACACUCUCCUCUUUGCUUUCAAAUGUACGGGCUCCUAGAAAAGCCCAGGCUCGGGGUUUCCCCCUUCCCUGCAGCAAUGCACUUUCUUGUAUUUCAAAAUUAAAUUGAACAUUUGACAAAAUAAAUUAAAACAUAAAACUAACAAAUCGAACAAAAUUAUGAAAAAAUACGCCCUGUAUCCUGUAAAGUAAACUUCAAAGUGUUUCAUAGAACUUGUAAAGCGAAAGACUUUUCACAUAGUGCAUAGAUGCAACACUGUGACAUUAGGACUUAAAGAUAUUCCUUUGACUAUUGAAAUGUAAUUUAUUUUCAAAAAAUCGAAAAAUCAUUUCCGAUAUCGAAAUCAAUCCUAAGUUUCACACCUGUUUGGUCACUGUUUUUAACUUCGUUUUUUUUUUACAACAGUUUUCAAAAGAAACCUUCAAAUUCCAUUUAAGUUCGGCGCGAUGUCGAUGGAUUAAAAAACUUCUACAAAAUAGAACAAUUGAAAUGAAUCAACGUGUUAACCCUUACAUUGAAAUUUCAUGUCCUUUGGUAAGUUCGUCACAAUGAAUAACAAAAAAAUAUUCCAUGUUCAUUGUCUUCUUAACUUCUUCAUUUUCAAAACGAUUCAUAUAUCUUUUACAUUGGUUUUCGAAAACUUUUCAAAACAAACUCUUUGCAAAAUUAUUUUUGGGAUGUCUGAUAACAACAUAUCAGGAACUUUUUGUUUUGAAUGUCCUGUUUUACAUUUUGCAAAUUAAAUCCAAAUGAAAUAAAAACUGUUGAAUAGGGGUUAGUUAUUAGAUUAUGGUCUUAGUUACAGUUACGAUACUAUAACAAACUGUAGGUUUCUUAACGAUACCAAAUUUUUCGCAAAGACCAACCUCAAAGAAUUAAAAAACUUCGAAAUUUGACAUUUACGAUAUCUACUACGGCAAUUGUACUUUUUUAACGUUUUUUGAGAUUGGGAGAGUUUUCUUAAAUCCAACAAGUAUGAAUCUGGGUUUCCAGUUUUUCUUUGAAGCCGUACAAAAAUGUUUUACUUUCCAAUGCUUUUUUGGUUAUGUACUUAUUCGAUAGACAUAGGUACAUGUAUAUUGCUAGCCUUAAAAUUGUUCCUAUUCAACAAAUUGAUUUGUCUAUAUUAUAAGCCAAUGUUUAUUAGACAAAAAAACUAUUUUAAUAUAUAAAUAAACUUCAAUUGUAAUAAAGAACAACAAACUAAGUAUGGUCAAUAAACCAAAAAAAAAAAAGGAAAUAGGAAAUAGGUAGAAAAAUAUGCGCUAGUACCUAAGUGAUAAUUAAUAUGAGCUUUUUAUUUUAUUUAAGCAAAUUUAAAACUAAGUCAAAAUAUUUUUAUAAUGCUUUUAUUGCAACUUAUUUUACUUUUCACACAUGUAAAAUAAAAAAGAAAGAUGUAUUAAAUUAUUGAAAGCCUUACUUUGAGUAAAAUGUUCUCAAGAAAAAAUAAAUAGCAAUGUGUAUUAAUUUAAAUAGGUAAUUAUUCAAUUUCAAUUAAAUUAUAUUUUUAUUCAUUUUCUUCAAUGGAAAUCUUUUUAAAAAUAUGCCCGACUUUUUGCGCAGAACGUAAAUGUAUAACAUAAAUAAUACAUUUAUCAAAUGAAAGCUUAUACUAAGCUGAAUAUGGCCUAGAAUUUUUUCAAAAUCGGUUUAGCAGAUUUAGAAAUGUUUAAGCUAUCAUAUUCGAUUAGUAAGAACUAGAAGAUGAAUUGUAUUUAUUUUUCAUUUAAGUCAACAGGUCUUUUAGUUUAUUUUUAUUUCCAAGCUUUAAAAUUUUGCAAAACUUUAAGCCAGAAAAGUUUAAAGAUAAAAUUAUCUUGUCCAUAACCAAACUUUCGGUCGCGGUGACUUUGAAAAGUCGAACAAACAUAAUAGACACACAUGUAAAAGGCAAUCUGAAAUGUUACCUAAGUGCUUGUUUUAGCUGUAGAUCGUAAAUAUUGUAAGGUCGAGUUCAACACCCGAAUAGAUCUAUGCAUGUAAUUUCUAUUUCGUUGCACUUUGACAGCUGACAACUUUUGUCACUGAAAUUUAGUUUGUUCUUUUUUCAGAACCUGUGUGUAGCAGCAGUGCCUUCUCCUUUGUAGUUUUGUUUUAAAUAAAAAAAAGAAAUAUAGAUAAAUAAAUUAAAAAAGUGUUAGUAAACUUACAUAUGUGUGUUUAUUGUUUACAACAACACCCGGGGUUUUAAAAUACAUAACGUUUUGCAAAUUUUUAGGUCGCACUUCAUGACAUGGCUUACAGAACCAAGUUUGGGCAAAACAGUUUAGACGUCGCACGUUACGGCAAGAAAAUCUUAUAUGCGAUAUUAGGGACACUGUUCCAUAUAUAAUUGAUACGGUUUACGUUGUCUUCUUUUUUAGGACGGGAUAAAAAAAAUCAUCUCCAGUCGCUUUGGAAAGCGUAUUAGGUUAUCUCAUAAGCACAUGGAUGAAUGGAUAGAUUCUUUUUUUGUUUUUAUUAAAAUAAAUAAGAUGACACCCUUUCAUGACAAGAAUUACUCUUGGAAGAUUUGUCAAUUUCUCGCAAGAGGCAGUACCCGUGAAAAAAAUUAGGUAUUAUAUAGGCAGGGAUUGAACCCAAGACCCCUUGCAUGACAGACCAAUGCACUAAGCAUCACGAUACGGGUACUACAUUCCAUAUCUGACAACAUUACUCGCACACAGGAAUGGUUGAGUGUUGUAAGUCACUAGGCCCUGGUUCUUCAUGAACUGUUGUGCCACCUUAUUUAUUUAUUUAUAAGAUGGCACCACAAUCCGUAGAGGAGAAGAACCUAGUGACUUACAACUCUCAACCAUUCCUGUGUUCAAGUCAUUUCAGGGAUGAGGUUAUUAACCGAUUCCAAACGGCUAAAUUGAGAACUUUUCAUGACAAGAAUUACUCUUGGAGGAUUUAUCACUUCCUCGCAAGAGACAGUACCUGUGAAUACAACUUUAAGUGACACAGGGGGUAUUGAACACAAGACCUUUAUCAUGAUCGUCCUAUGUACUUUUUUAAGUCGUUGAUAUUAAUUAAUUCUUAAAGCUAGACAAAAAUUCAUAAAACUUGCCUAACUCACCAUAGCUUAAGUUGAACUAUAAUACAUACUUAAAACUAAUCCCUUUUGGCCAUAAGAUCUAUUCAAUUUAAUUAAAUUUUAUUUUCAUUUAUUUUUUAUUUUAUUGGAAAAUAAAAAAAAACCAUGGGUACUUUUAUUUCUUAUUAACAUUGUCCAAUAAUUAUUGUUUAAGAAUCAGGACAAAGCAAAUGUGCCGUCCGUUUGAGAGAUCUUUUCAGAUUUAAAAAAGAAUAAAACUAAAAAUAUGUAUACAUACAAUAUAAAAAUUAGUAUUAAUAAUAUAAAACGGGUAUACGUUGCAAAAUAAAUCAAAUAUACAAUAUUAGUGAAUGAAACAUCAAAAUAUCGGCACACAUAGUGAUGGGCUCGGUAUAUACUCAGAUUGAUAUUACUAAAUAGGGGGAUCUUUUGGGUAUUUAUGGCUAUAGUCUAUGACAUUUCAAUAAGUGUAUUUAAAUGUUGUUUUAGAAAGGUUUUAUAAAGAUACAAAAAUAUGUUCCAUGCAGAUAAAGGGUGUUCUUUUUUUUCUUUGAUUGUUGAUUUUCUUCUAUUAACAUGCUCAGAUCUUUACUUGGAAAUAAAAUAACAUGUUGUUAUGGUACUGAAACUAAAGGUACACAUAAAUGAAACCAUUACGUGGCGCUGUAGUCAAUCUAUUUUAUUUUUUAACAAUACAUACUUGUUUUAAUUUUAAACAUAUAUAUUGGGUUUGCUUUUCUUACCUAAAAAGACAUUUUACAGAAUAUUGAAUUUCCAUCGGAAAUAAGUUAUAUUUCAUUAUCAAAAUAAAGACAAAAUUGGUUUUAAUUGAAACAAAUGUUCGUUGACCCAGUAGUCUAAACUUGUUAUUUGUUCAUAAAUUCGAUUGAAUAAAUGAAUCUUCAAAAACUUAAAAGGUGCUUCGUACAAAUAAGGUAAACAUAAAAUGCUUUUUUAUUUCCACUUUUUAUUGAGACCCUUUAACGACUUUUUGAUCUUGUACUCAUUUUUAUUGCUCGCUCUAAAAUUGUUCCUAUUCAAACAAAUGAUUUGUCUAUCUUAUGUGUAAGCCAAUGUUAAUAAAGCAAAAAAGACACUAUUUUAAUAUAAAAAUAAACUGCUAUUGUAAUAAAGAACAACAUUCAUAGAUUGUUAAAUAAAAAAAAAACAAAA